AUGAUGUUCUUCAAGAGCAGAGAGGCCAAGCUGGCCGCCAGCUCCCCGCCCCCAACAACAUCAGUCGCAAACGCAGCCCAAAAGGCCGCCGAGUCGCCCAUGUCGCCGCGGGCACACACCCAGGCGCCUGGCCCAGGCCCUGCCCGUGCCCUGCAGCACCACGUCUCCCACGGCGAUCUCGUCAACGAGCUCGUCCGCAAGCGCGGCCCGGCCGCCCUCACCGGCAGCCUGGGCAGCGGCCCCACCACCGCCGCUGCCGCCGGGCCAACGCCGCCGCUCAAGAACGGCCUCGGCAGCCCGCGCGGUCUGUCGGCGUCGUCGCCGACCCUGCCCUCGUGCCCGCCGUCCCCGCCGACGCCGCACCUGCCCCUGCACUCGCCGCCCACCUCGCCCCGCAGCGCGCCCACCUAUUCCCCGGCGGCCUCAUCGCCUCUCACGUCCGCCGCAACCGCCUACCACCGGCCACCGCCGCUCAUGCCGCCCAACAAGCGCGCGCCGCCGCCGCCCGUACCGUCGUCGCCCAAGCCGUCGAGCAGCCUGACGACAGGAGGCGCGCGAUCGCCGCAGGCCGCGUCGCCCGCGUCGUCGCCCCACUCUUCGACAUACGUCUCGACGCCGCCUGGUUCGUCGCCGGUGUCGUCGCCGUCCUCCUCGUCCUACGCCUGUGCGUCGCCGCUGGCCACGUCGUCGUCGUCGCACUCGUUGCCGUCGCCGUCGCCGUCGUCAGGUGGUCCGUCGUUGCCGCCGCUGGCGCUGGGCGAAGGACUAUCGCUGCCGCCGCUGCCGGCGUCGUAUCCGCCGCCGCCGCCACCGCCCCGCAAGCCGCUGCUCGCGACGCCGGCCGUGGUCCAUCUGCCCUCGCCCGGCUCCGGCGACGGCAGCGGCAGCGGUAGCCCAAGCAUUCCUAAGAUUCCGCUGGGCUCGUCGGCGUCGUUCCCGUCGCCCGCGGCCUCGCCAUCGCAGGACCGACGCCGACGCAGCAACACGGCCGACACCGCUCUCGCCCGCAACCACUCCGUCAUCACCGCGCCUGCGGCGCCGAGCGCCGGAUCCCCCACGUCGUCGUCACCUUCCUGUUCGCCCACGUCGUCGGCCUACCACCACGCGUCGCCGCUCUCGCCGCGCGGCGGCUACCCGCUGCCGUCGCUCGUCGAGCGCAACGUCGAGGAGAAGGCGCGCGAGCUCCAGGGCCAGCUCCACCAGCUCCACCACCAACAACAUCAACACCAGCAGCAACAGCUGAAGAAGGAGAAAGAGAAGGAAAAGGAGAAAGAAAAGGAGAACAAUAAGAUGCUGAAGCGGACGGUGAGCGAGAAGAAUGUGCCGCAGUCGAUGGUGAUGCAUGUGUCGAAUCCGCUGAUGUCGAUGGUGUCGCCCCGCGGCGCCACGAAGAAGCAGCCGCCCGCGGCGUGCGGGUCGCAGGAGCGGCCGCUGCGGCCGCGCAAGGGCACCGAUAUCGCCGGCAUGGCCAUCCGACGCAGCGAGGAGCGCAAGGAGCGCAGCAACUCGGCCGGCGCCGCUGCCGAGCUCAAGGGCGCGCCGCGUCGCAAGCUUACUGACGAAGGCCUGUCUGACGGCGAACUCGACGACCCUCUGGCCCACGUGUCUAUCACCCGCAUUUGUGGCGGCGGCGCUGCGGGCUCUGUCGCGGCCGCGUCGGCCACCGGCGGCGUGCCGCCCACGCCGCUCAGCCCGCGCGAGCUGCGACAACUCGUCGUCAACGAACUCAUCCACACCGAGAAGUCCUACUUCCGCGACCUCUCUCUCAUCGUCGAGGCGUGGAUGAAGCCGCUGCGCGCGCAGGGCCUGUUCUCGGUGGAGGACAUCGGGGUGGUGUUCUCCAACGUCGAGCAGCUGCGGAUGCUCAACGAGGAGCUGCUCACGUCGCUCCAGGGCGUCGAGGAGUUGCCAGCGGCCGAGCAGGACGUGGGCCGGCGCUUCGCGCGAUUCGUGGACUUCCUCAAGAUGUACUUUGAGUACUGCGCCAACCAGGCCGCCGCCAUCGAGCGGCUGCAGGAGCUCAAGAAGGCCAAGCCCCAGCUCCAGCAAGUGCUCGAGGAAAUCAAAAACAGGCCCGAGUGCAAUCUGCUCGACCUGGAGAGCUAUUUGAUCAAACCAAUGCAGCGCGUGACCAAGUACCCGCUUCUGCUCAAGGAGAUCCUCAAACACACGGAGCCGACCCACCCCGACUACGCUGCGCUCGACAAGUGCUACACCCGCAUCGCCGAAGUCGUGCUGGCUGACCGGAAGCUCGUGCUGGUGUGGGUCACUGAAGAAAUCAACGAAAAGAAGCGACAAUCUGAAAACCUGGUCAAGCUGAUCCAGCUUCAGAACAACUUCAUCACCAACGCCGGCGAAGAGCCGCUGAAGCUGAUCUCGCCGCAUCGUCGGUUGGUCGCGCACGGCACGUUCAAGAAAGUGUUCGUGGGCACCAAGACGCCGGUCAAGGUCAAGAACGGCCACCUGUUCCUCUUCAACGACAUGCUCCUCGUCGCGUCCGAGGAGGGCAACAUGUUCAAGAAGGCGAGCAAGAAGAAGUUCGUGAUUCGCAGCGGCCCGAUCGCCAUCACCAACGUGCUGCUGUGGAGCGGCAACGACGCCGAGGGGCUCGUGUUCUGCAUCGUGCGCAUGGACGACAGCAGCGGCCAGAUCACCCUCCAGGCCUCUUCGGCCGAAGAGAAAUUCGAAUGGAUCUCCCGCAUCAACGACUGCAUUGUGACGCUGCCCAACGGUGGCUUGCGUGGUGGAGGCGCCGCAUCGCCCAGAGAGCCUGCCGACGUUGUGGAGAAAUUCUCUCGCCUGAAGUGA